GAGGAUGUGGAAGAGGAAGUCGUGAGGGCGGGAAUCACAGAAGAGAAAACCGUAAAAGAGGAAACCAUGACAGAGGAAACCAUGGCAGAAAAAACCUUGGAAGAGGGACAAGUUGUGAAGAAGAAAAGAGAUAAAGUAGAAUUAGAUUCACAAAAUAAGAUUGAUCUGCAAGGUGAACUACGAUCAGAAACGGAAACAGAAACACAUGGCAAAGUGAAUUUGCAAGAUGAGAUUGAUCUGCAAGAUGAAAUUGAGUCACAAGAUGAAAUAGAAUCAUAUGAUGAAAUAGAAAUGCAAAACAAAAUAGAAGAUAUAAUAGAAGACUAUAUAGUGGAGGAGGGUAAUAAUAAUAACAGUAGUAGCGAUAACUUUAUAGAUAAAGAUCAGAUUGUUGACUUACCAAUGGAUAUAAACCAGAUAUUGAAUACAAAUAAAAGUGCAUCAUACUUUGAGAAUCCAACCUCUGCAUUACUAUUUUGCUAG